AUGGAUCUCUACGAAGCUGCGAGGCAAGGCAGCGUCGAUGACAUAAAAUCUGCGGUUGAGGAAGGGUGCGAUAUCAAUGCCCUGGACGAAAACGAGAAACCCGCUCUCUGGUUCGCCGUACAGAGAGGCCAUUUAGAUGCAUGCAGACUUUUGAUUGCUCAUGGAGCUCGUGCGGAAAAGCAAGGACAAAGCAUUCUCGAACUCGCAGUUCAAGAAGGGCAUACCGAGAUUGUCAAACUACUGUGGCCGCACAGCAAAAUGGGAACACAACAUCGCUGUUUAGAAACUGCUAUCUCACUGGGCUUUCAUGAAAUCGCAGACUUCUUGAUCGGAACCCAAGCAUUCGAGUAUCAGCACCUGCAAGCCGGUGAUCUUGAAAUUCUCAAAGACGACGGAUUCUCCAGACGAGAUCUUGCAGCUUUUCAGCAAUGGGAAAGAUUCAUCUUUGUUAGGCGCUCGGAGAAACUCUAUUUACAUCAUAUCUUUUUUGACUACGCCCUUCUUCUUGCAACAAAGGCCGAUCGCAACGCCGGGCUUCGGCUAGUGAAUUUAUUGCUUGAGGGUAACAAACCUUUGGCCGACGCAAAUUGCAUGAUCAAGAUCGACAAGGAAAUUGAGAUACCCUUGAUAAAUGCGGCUGAGAAGUGCAACCUGGAAGUAUUGGCUAUUUUGAUUGAGCGCCCUGAUACAAGGUUGACGAUUUGUGGCAAACAUAACUGGCCUGCUUUUCUCCAUCUGCUGGCGAAUCCCGAGUCCCUCUCCUCUGAAAAGGGCCAGGUCGUAGCACGGAUGUUGUCCAAGGAGACCCUUGUCGAUUCGUUCCUGAUUGAUAGCAAGGGAGCUUAUCUGGAGACUGUAUUCCAAAGCGUCCUUCGGCUCGGUGACGAUGCUCUUGUGAAACAAGUGAUCGACCUUGUUCAAGGCGCUGCAGGAAUUUUCAUUCUGCCGCUAUUGAUCCGAGCAAAUGAGACUCAUGGUCUAAAAUGGAUCUUGAAUAAAGACAUAGCGAACGCAUCCAUGCCUCCGCCAAUACUUUGGGUGUUGCUUUGCAACUUUUUCCAACGUAAUCCAAACUCAGAGGCUCUGAAGCCUUUUAUUCGAGUGGCAGAAUUUCUAGUGCAAAAGGCGAUCUGGGACCCGAUGAUACUGGCAUGCCUCAAUUCACGCAACUUCUGUUUUGUCAAGCAAUUCUUCUACCCCCUCAACGAGGUCCCACCGAGGGAAGUCACGGAAGAAACAUUGGCGGGACACUUCCAGGCGUCUGCGGAUCAAUCUCUCGUGAGAAAUUGGGCUGAGAAAGGGUUUGCUAACGCAGCGCUGUGGAGCGCCAUUCGAUCCGGGAUAUGGAAAAGCCCAGCAUUCGCAAGCCUCCUUUCAUGCACCGAUAUGGACCUGGAUGAGCCAUUUCCGCGCGAAAAGAGAUUAGGCACAGGAGCUGCCAAUAAAUCCUCUCCCAUAUUCCCGGGUAUUUCAACUGGCGAAAAACGAAAACUCCCUUUCACACUACCCGUGGGACCCUCCCUAAGAUCGCUUCCUGAGCCAGGUACGCCGCAGAGCUAUGCCCAGCAAGACUAUCAAUUACAACUCAUGUUACUGGAACAACAGAACAAGAGGCGAUUGAUGUUGGCACGACAGGAGCAGACGAUAGCGUCAGCGGGAAAUGGCCUUCUGGCUUGGACAGAGGGAAAAAGCCCUCUAGCUUGGGCUGCGGCAAAUCGUAACGUUCAACUUGUGGAAGCCCUUCUGCGCAGCUCGCGCGUCAAUGUCAAUUCGCAGGACAUCUAUAAAAAGACUCCCCUCAUGCACGCCAUUGCUGUCAGCGAUGUGCAAAUUGUGGAGAAACUGUUGGAAAUUGAAGAUAUUGAUGUUAAUUUGCAGGACGACGAUGGCAGAACUGCUGUUUUCCACGCUGCAGGAAGGGGAUACCUGCAUAUCAUACAAUUGCUUACUGGAACCCGGAAAGUGGACUUUUCCCUUCGGGAUUGCAACGGCGAAACUGUCCAAGAUAUUGCAAAGAAGACUGGGAAACAAGAUGUGAUAGCUGCACUCGCUGCUCAAGGGCGUACAUGA